GAGGAGGAGGAGGAGGGAGGAGGAAGGAAGGAAGGAAGGAGGAGUCGCCGCCGCACCGGAGCGAUCGCUCUUCUCGGGGCCGGGGCGCACCGGCGGGGGGCGGCGGCGGCGGCGACGCUGCUUCACCCCCCCCCCCCCCCCCGCCUCCAUACCCCCCCCCUUCCCCUUCUCCCCGCCGCCCCAUCCAGCUCCCGCGGGGCUCCGCCGGCCGAGAGUCCCGGAGCCCGCCCGGCGCGGCCCGCCCGCCCGCCAUGCUCUCCGGGGCUCCGCCACCGCCCGCCGGCUUCCCCAGCCCGCCGCCGCCUCAACCCCCGCCGCCCCCGCCGCCCGCCGCUCCCCCCCACGGGCCGCCGCCGCCGCCGUUCCCGGUGAAGGGCGGCCUGCAGAUCCGGAAGAAUGCCAUCACGGACGACUACAAGGUCACCACGCAAGUGCUGGGGCUGGGCAUCAACGGGAAAGUUUUGGAGAUCUUCAGUAAGAAGAGCGGGGAGAAGUUCGCUCUCAAGAUGUUGCAGGACUGCCCGAAGGCCCGCAGGGAAGUGGAGCUGCACUGGAGGGCGUCGCAAUGCGCGCACAUCGUCCGCAUCAUGGACGUCUACGAGAACCUCUACCAGGGGAGAAAGUGUCUGCUCAUCGUCAUGGAGUGCUUGGACGGCGGGGAGCUCUUCAGCCGAAUUCAAGACAGGGGAGACCAGGCCUUCACAGAACGGGAGGCUUCAGAGAUAAUGAAGAGCAUUGGGGAAGCCAUCCAGUACCUGCACUCAAUCAACAUUGCACACCGGGACGUGAAGCCGGAAAACCUCUUGUACACCUCCAAAAGGCCCAAUGCUGUGCUAAAACUCACGGACUUUGGCUUUGCUAAAGAAACCACCACGCACAACUCCUUGGCCACUCCGUGCUACACGCCGUACUAUGUGGCCCCGGAGGUGCUGGGUCCGGAGAAGUACGACAAGUCCUGCGACAUGUGGUCCCUCGGCGUCAUCAUGUACAUUCUGCUGUGCGGGUACCCCCCCUUCUACUCCAACCACGGCCUGGCCAUCUCGCCCGGCAUGAAGAAGCGAAUCCGAAUGGGCCAGUACGAGUUUCCCAAUCCCGAAUGGUCCGAAGUGUCGGAGGAAGUUAAGCAGCUGAUCCGCAACCUGCUGAAGACAGACCCGACCCAGCGCAUGACGAUAACGGAGUUCAUGAACCACCCUUGGAUCAUGCAAUCCAUGCAGGUGCCCCAGACCCCGCUGCACACCAGUCGUGUGCUGAAAGAGGAGAAGGAUCUGUGGGAGGAUGUGAAGGAGGAGAUGACGAGCGCGCUGGCCACCAUGCGAGUGGACUACGAACAAAUCAAGAUCAAGAAAAUCGAAGAUUCCUCAAACCCUUUGCUGAUGAAGAGGCGGAAGAAAGCAAACCCCACCGAGCCUGCCACGCUCCCCCACUGAGGGUGCCCCGCGCCCACCAGCCCUUGAGAAAGCAAUAACUAUAUAUAUAUAUUUUUUAAGAAAAAAGACAAAAAGAGACAGACUGUUAUAUCAAGCGCAUGGAAUUCAGACAUUUAUACCAGACUAGUUAUUUUUAGCUACUCACCUGUGUUUCUGGCCUUUCCGGAGCAGGCGGUAAAAUCCCCCCGUCAGAUUCACAUGCUGCGGCCGGGGGUUUUGUCCUGUAGGUGAAUGCCGCCGAUAAUUGGAUUUUUUUUUCUUUUGUGAAACAGUUUUGAUUUUUAUUUUUUUUUUUCCUUCCUUCCAAAGACAUGGAAAUUCCUGUGGUGACCUUUUUAGGGUAUAUAACGUAUAAAUAUUUUUUAAAAACUACUGUAGAGCUGAAACCCA